AUGUACUCCGUGCUCAAGAAUGCACAGCAAGAAGUGCUUGCUUACAAGGGAAUGGGGUUGAAGUACUCGCAAGAGCACAAAGAAAUGAUCGCCUGUAUAUGGUUCAACAUCUGGCUACCUGUAUUUCAAAGCGAAGCCAUGAUGCCCGUCGAAAUUUCGACGGACUUUCAAAAAGAUCGACGUCUCCCGAAAAAGGCAAAAGAAGCCCUCCAAGUGUCUUGUUUCCCUCUUCUCAAAUGCAUCAGUCAAGGAAAAACAGCAGAACCAAAAGCCAUCAAAAGAAAGGAAGAAGCCAAACAAAGGAAAAGCUCCAAAUGCGAUCAGAAAGAGCAAAAAGCCAGCCAGGCUUUAAAUCUUCUCAAUACCCUUCGAAAUCGCUCUACGAUUACAGCCAAGCCAAAAAGAGAAAAGAUGCCAAAAGCCGAAUUUAUCAAAUGCCACGACGAUCAUUCUGGAACCAGUUUCCAAAUCAAGCUCCUUUCUUUCCCCGACCACCAGAUUUUCGAGUUCUCGUGCGGCUGCUGCUUCACUAUCGACGAAUUCAUCAACAUCUCUCCCUGCCUCUAUCGGAAGGAGCACGCUCCUGGUUUUCUCUAUUUUCACCAAAUAAGGCUCGCCUUCAUCAAAUGCUACAACGCCCGUUUCCUGAAGAAAAAUGACUCUCUUUGGGCGAACGAUCCUGUCUUCGAGAAAACGCCUCAUUUCUGCUGCAAAAAAGACCCCUGGCUCAUCAUUCGUCUCGUUGGAAUCAUCAAGGCGAGCAGAAUGGAACGUAUUGGCUGGAUUUUUGGACACAUUGAGGAGGAUCUCACCUGUAUUGCUCGAUCAAAGGAAAAAGAAGCUACAAAGAAAAGGAUCAAAAACGGCAGCUCGAUCCUCCAGAGCUUGUCGAAUAUGGACAAGAUCUGGGAAGCCUGCGAUGAAGCAGAAUUCGUCUGGUACCCGAUCUUCAAUUCCACCGUCCAAAUUCCGACUCAAGAACGCGAAGCAAAAGGAAAAGAACGAAAGCUCCCGAAAGAACUGAAAAAUGCUCUACAAAUCCAACCAGUUGCAGAAAAACCACUCUCGGAAAAAGAACUCGUCGAUCUCUUCAACCAGUCCAGUGAGAAGCUAAAGAAGCGAAAAGCGAAGGAAACAAAGAAGCCGAACAAAGGAAAAGCGCCAAAUGCGAUUCGAAAAACGAAGAAGCCGACAAAACUCUAA